AUGAAUGUGGCAACUGCUCUUCCAUUUUUGUUGUUAGUUGCAUCCAGUAACGCCUUUUUUGCCGAAAACGGACACACAUUUUACGACAGAUACAUGAUUAUAGGAUAUGGAAAGAUACCCGUUGGGGCGACCAGGUGUAAUGAAAGGCAGUGUUGUCCGCCAUUUUACCAUUGCUGCUUGUUGUAUGGUGCCUGGGUGAAUUGCUGUAUCUAUAAUUCAGACAAGAGUACGCCACCGUUUCGAUGUUAA